GGUGAGGCUUUAAUGUUUUUCUAGAGUGAGAGAGAGAAAGAUGGCUCUAUUGGAAGCUAAGCCCGGUUUGAGCAGUAAUGGCACUACCACAACUAGUGUGUUUGAAACAGGAAAGUAUGAAGUGAAGAGCAUAAGUGUAGAUAGUGGAGAUUCAUCCAUCACUCAUCCACCUCCCAAGUCAUUGCUAAUAAUCACACCAACGAAAGAAGGAACUUACCCAGUUCUCCUCUUUCUUCAUGGCUUCGCUCUCUACAAUUCCUUCUACUCACAGCUCCUCACACAUAUAGCUUCCCAUGGUUAUAUAUCUAUUGCUCCUCAGCUAUACAAUCCCAAGUUUCCUACUGCUUCUGGCUACGACGAGAUAAAUUCUGCGGCGGAUGUCACAAACUGGUUUCCCCAAGGCCUUCAAUCGUUGCUCCCUGAAAAUGUUGAAGCAGACCUCACCAAGCUUGCCCUUGCAGGCCAUAGCAGAGGUGGCAAAGCUGCUUUUGCCCUUAAACCAGGCUCUUACGCUCAGACAUCUCUUACCUUUUCUGUAUUAAUAGGCAUCGACCCAGUUGCAGGCACAAGUAAAGCUUUUCAAGUGCCUCCAGUAAUACUUACCAACCGAGAAGAAUGUUUCAAUCUAGGGAUCCCUGUGAUGGUGGUGGGAACAGGGUUGGGAGAUAACAAGGCCAAUCCAAUAUUCUGCUCUUGUGCCCCUAAGGGAGUGAAUCAUGAGGAGUUCUUCAAGGAAUGUAAGCCCACUAGAGGACAUAUGGUGGCUACAGAUUAUGGUCAUAUGGACAUGUUGAAUGAUGAUCCUAUGGGCAUUAAUGGUUGGUUUUCAGGGAUUGCCUGUAAGAAAGGAAGUGGUUCUAGGGAGAUCAUGAGGAAAUGUGUCGGUGGGAUUGUUGUUGCAUCCAUAAAAGCUUAUGUGGGGAAAGAUACUACAGAUCUCAAAGCCAUAGUCGAUGACCCUACCAUUGCUCCUACCACGCUUGAUUCAGUUGUGUUAGAUGAAGCAUGAGGGUAAGGGUCUUUCUUAA